CGUCUGCUCUGUGCCUCGGUCCCCAGGAUGCUCCCCAGGAUCCUGCUCCUCCUCAGCGGGCUGCUUAGGGCCACCGAGCCGGCCCCCCGCUGCGAGCCUGGCCAGGAGACCCUAGGACAGUGCCAAACUGUGCAAAAAGCAAAAUGUGUGGACAUCUCCUUAAGUUCUUGCACUGAUGUUGCCUAUACUCAGACGAUGUAUCCUAAUUUACUGGAUCAGAAGUCUCGACAAGUGAUAGAGUAUAGCUCUGAGUAUAUUCUCAUAAGUGUCCUGCACAACCUGCUCCAGGGAGAGUGCAAUCCGGAUCUGAGGCUCCUGGGUUGCUCGGUGCUGGCCCCGCAGUGUGAGAAGGACAAAGUCAUCAAGCCCUGCAGACAUGUCUGUGAGCACCUGAAAAAAAAUUGCCUCCCCGCUUUUGAUGCAAUAGAUAUGGCUUGGCCGUAUUUUUUAGACUGCGAUCGCUUUUUUGCUGGGGAAGAAGAAGGAUGCUUUGACCCACUGGCAAAGCUGCGAGGAGAACCAGAAGUUGAGGAAGAUUUGCCUUCAGACUUGCCAGCAACUUUUAUUCAGUUCAAACACCAUUCAUAUUCCCAAAUGGUGAGCGUUUUGAAGAAGACUGCUUCUAGAUGCUCCCAUAUUGCAACAACUUACAGCAUUGGUCGUAGUUUUGAAGGGAAGGAUCUUUUUGUGAUUGAGUUUUCAACCAAGCCUGGACACCAUGAACUGCUCAAGCCAGAAUUUAAGUACAUUGGCAAUAUGCAUGGAAAUGAAGUUGUUGGGAAAGAGCUGCUGAUAUACCUUGCACAGUAUCUGUGUUCGGAGUAUCUUCUUGGGAAUCCUCGCAUCCAGAACUUGAUUAAUAACACCAGGAUUCAUCUCUUACCGUCACUCAACCCGGAUGGGUAUGAACUGGCUGCAGAAGAGGGAGCUGGUUACAACGGCUGGGUCAUUGGACGACAGACAGCUCAGAACUUGGACCUGAACAGAAAUUUCCCAGAUUUGACCUCCGAGGCUUACAGAAGAGCAGGGAUCCGUGGGGCACGCCUCGACCACAUCCCCAUUCCACAAUCUUACUGGUGGGGUAAGGUGGCCCCUGAGACGAAAGCAGUGAUGAAGUGGCUGAGGUCUAUCCCCUUCGUGCUCUCUGCCAGCCUGCACGGGGGAGAGCUGGUGGUGACCUAUCCUUAUGACUACUCGAGGCACCCGCUGGAAGAAAAAAUGUUCUCCCCUACACCUGAUGAGAAGAUGUUUAAAAUGCUGGCUAAAGCAUAUGCAGAUGCACACCCGGUCAUCUCCGACCGAUCGGAGCUUCGUUGUGGUGGAAACUUUGUGAAACGUGGAGGUAUUAUAAAUGGUGCUGAGUGGUACAGCUUCACUGGAGGUAUGGCAGAUUUUAACUACCUUCAUACAAAUUGCUUUGAAAUUACGGUGGAGGUAGGAUGUGAAAAGUUUCCUUUGGAGGAAGAAUUGUUUACAAUCUGGCAUGAAAACAGAGACGCCCUUCUGAAUUACAUGGAAAUGGUUCAUCGGGGGAUAAAAGGAAUUGUGUCUGAUAAAUUUGGCAACCCAAUAAAGAAUGCUCGGAUUUCGGUCAGGGGAAUCCAGCAUGAUGUCACCACAGCUGUGGAUGGAGAUUACUGGCGCCUCCUGCCUCCAGGAACGUACAUCAUCAGUGCCCAAGCUGUGGGCUACAGCCGUGUGAUGAAGAGGGUCACCCUGCCCACCAAGAUGAAGCAGGCCGGCCGCGUGGACUUCGUUCUGCGCCCCGUUGAGGCCUGGCCCAGCAAGCUGCUCCGCCGGCCCAUGGAAGACGCGUACGAUCUAUACGACCCGCUGGAGCUGUUCGACCCCCACGCACAGCCCGAGACACGAGGGGGAUCGGCACAGGCGAGGGAGAAGCCGUGGUGGUGGUCCUACUUCAGCUCCUUAGACCUCCACAAGCCACUGUGGCUGCUCAAGCAACACUAA